AUGGAAGAAAUCGGAGUGAAUGGAAAAGACAAAAUUAAUAAGGAUGAUGAAUUCCACGUUCGAACAUACUAUAACUAUAAAACAGUUUCUGAAAAUCGAGAUGGAAAUAAAGAAAAUUCUAAUUUAGAAUUUUUCAAAAUAAAAAAAAAAGAGGAUCGUUUUUUAUGGUUUGAAAAACCUUUUGUAACUCUAGUUUUCGAUUAUAAAAGAUGGAAUAGACCAAAUCGAUAUAUAAAAAAUGAUAAAAUUGAAAAUACUGUAAGAAAUGAAAUGUCACAAUAUUUUUUUUAUACAUGCCAAAGUGAUGGAAAAGAACGAAUAUCUUUUACAUAUCCCCCCAACCUUUCAACUUUUUUUGAAAUGAUACAAAAAAAGAUCCCUUCAUUUACAACAGAAAAAAAAACCUCGGAUCAAGUUUAUACUUGUUGGAGUUUGGUCAAUGAAGAAAAAAAGGAAAAUUUAAAAAACGAAUUUUUAAAUAGAAUUGAAGCUUUAGAUAAAAAAGGGUCUAUUGAAAAUAUACUGGAAAAAACAACUCGAUUUUGUCAUAACGAAACUCAAAAAGAAUAUUUACCUAAAAUUUAUGAUCCAUUUUUACAUGGGAUUUCGCGCGGAAGAAUCAAAAAAUUAUCUCCGUUCCAAAUCAUAACCAAAACCUAUAAAAAAAAGAAUAUAAGAGGAUCUUGGAUAAACAAAAUUCAUGCUAUACUUCUGAAGAUUAAUUCUCAAAAAUUUGAGCAAACAAUAGAAAAAUUUAAAAGAAAGUCUUUAUCAAUAGAGAAAAAACUUUAUUUUUUUUCCGAACCCCAAGAAGAAAAAAUUCAGUCAGAAGAAGAAAUAAAAAUUUUCAAAAUUUUAUUUGAUGUCGUUAUAAUUUAUAAUAAUGAUCAAACUCUUAUAAAAAAUUUUAUUGAUUUCCAUGAAAUCAAUAAACAAGUUCCUCAAUGGUCAUACAAAUUAACAAGUGAAUUGGAAGAAUUGGAAGCUGAAACUGAAGAAAAUAUACCAACCGAACCUGGAAUUCGUUCAAGAAAAGCAAAACGUGUAGUGGUUUUUACUGAUUUAAAAGAACCGCAUAACGAGAUUUAUACUAAUCUCAAAGAUAAUCAAAAUUCUGAUCAAACAGAUGAAAUGGCUUUGAUCCGUUAUUCACAACAAUCUGAUUUUCGUCGAGAGAUAAUUAAAGGAUCCAUGCGUUCCCAAAGGCGUAAAACUGUUAUUUGGGAAUUUUUGCAAGCAAAAGCACAUUCGCCCCUUUUUUUUGAUAGAAUAGAUAAAUUUUUUUUUUUUCGUUUGAUAUAUGGGGGCUAAAAAAAAAAAUUCUUAGAAAUUUCAUGUGGAAAAAAAAAAUUUUUUUUGAUAAAAACGAAGAAGAACAAUCAAAAAAAGAAGAACAAAGACGUAUAGAAAUUGCGGAAACUUGGGAUAGCUUCUUAUUUGCUCAAAUAAUAAGAGGUUUUAUUUUAGUAACUCAAUCUAUUCUUAGAAAAUAUAUUAUAUUACCUUUAUUGAUAAUAAUUAAAAAUAGCAUCCGUAUCGUAUUAUUUCAACUUCCCGAGUGGGAAGAGGAUUUAAAGGAGUGGAAACGUGAAAUGCAUGUUAAAUGUACUUAUAAUGGGGUUCAACUAUCCGAAACAGAAUUUCCACGAAACUGGUUAACGGAUGGUAUUCAGAUAAAAAUCCUAUUUCCGUUUUAUCUUAAACCUUGGCAUAAAUAUAAAUUUCAAUCAUCUCAGAAGGCUCGACUAAAAAAAACAAAAGGAGAAAAAAAUGAUUUUCGUUUUUUAACAGUUUGGGGGCUGGAAACUGACCUACCUUUUGGUUCUACCAAACCAAAGCCUUCUUUUUUUAAACCUAUUUUUAAAGAAUUAAAAAAAAGAAUCAAAAAAUCCAAAACGAAGUCUUUUCCGGUUUUAAGGAUUUUCAAAGAAAGAGCAACAAUUUUCCUAAAAGUCGAAAAAGAAAUUAAAAACUGGAUUAUAAAAAACUUGCUUUUUCUAAAAGAAAAAAAAAAAAACCUUUCAAAACGAAAUAGAAUUCCAUUAGUUGGCCCGAGAGAAAUAUAUGAAUUAAAUGAAACUAAAAAAGAUUCAAUAAUGAGUAAUCAGAUGAUUCAUGAACUAUCUGUUCAAAAAAAAUCGACGGAGUGGCCAAAUUCUUCACUCAGCGAAAACAAAAUAAAAAAUGUGAUUGAUAAAAUAAAGACAAUCAGAAAUCAAACGAAAAAAAUUUCAAAAGAAAAAGAAAAACUAACUAAUAGUUGUAACAAACUGUGUUAUGAUUCUAAAAUAAUUGAGUCAUCAAAAAAAAGUUGGCAGACAUUAAAAAAAAAAAAAACUCGAUUAAUUCGUAAAUCUUUUUUUUUUUUUCAAUUUUGCGUUGAACAACUGUCUAUUUCUAUUUUUCUAGGUAUUAUUAAUAUUCCAAGAAUUACUACACAACUUUUUGUUGAUUCAACAAAAAAAAUUCUUGAUGUAUAUAUUUACAAGAAUGAGGAAAAUGGAGAAAAAAAAAAAAAAAAAAAUACCAUUUAUUUUAUUUCGACUAUAAAAAAUUUCAUAUCAAAAAAAAAUUUUUUUAGUUAUGACUUAUGCUCUUUAUCA